CACCACAUUGCCAAACACAUUCGUACCUUUAUAAUCGUAGCAACACCUAAGGAAAGGUUUUCCCUAAAAACAAAAUAAUUUAGGUCGACUUUUCUACAUUUUAGUGCCGAGGAAAAUGGACUCCAUCAAGGUGCCAAAGGAGCUGGAGUCGCUGCUGAGCUGCGGCCUGUGCCAUCGCCUUUACGACCUGGCCGGUGGCAAGCUGCUGCCCAAGGAGCUCGUCUGUCAGCACACUUUUUGCGGAGAGUGUGUGGCCAUUAGCACCGACCUGGAUUCCUCGGACUGCAUCUGCCCCCUGUGCGGAGUUCGCACCCAGUUACUUGGCCAGAGUCUGCCGGAAUCCAAGGCCAUUGUGUAUCUUCUUCGCGAGUUGCGCGCUUUGGUUUUGGGCAAGGCCAUGUUGGACUUCUCGGAGGGAAAGAUCAGCAACGUGGAGGUUUCCGGUGAGGAGCCAGAGUUCCACUCGGACAACUGGUCGAACGUGGUCUGUGUCGAGAGCUUUCUGGCCAGCAGCUCGGAGCACUGCUUCGUCCACGCGAUGCCGAACUCCACGUGGUGCCACAACUGCCAGCGAUUGAUGUGCCGCGCCUGCUCGGACGAGCCACUGCAUCGGGAACACCGCCUCACCCGCCAGCUGGAUUACCACGAGCUGCUGCGCCAGCUGCUCAGCUCGGAGCUGGCGAAGAUCAAGCACACGGCCAGCCACGCCUCCGAGCUGUCCACCCGCGAGAUGGAGUUGCUGCGCCAGCUGUGCGAGGCCUGCUUCCACGUGCAGUUGCACGUGAAGCGCCUGAUCCUGGAGCACCAUCCCAGCAUGAUCGCCGCCACGAUGACGGGCUGGCACCGGCGCGCCGAGCAGGAUCUGAACCGAUCCCUGUUAAAUCUCUCGGGCGCCGACAUGCUGCACCUGCUCAGCCAGCUGGCCAACCAGCGGCGAAAGUUUGAGCAGCAGCUGGUGGAGGUGCACUUCCAGUGCCGACUGCGCGCCGCAGUCCAGGAGAACGGCAUGCAGAUCCUGGACUUCGAGCAGCUGAACAACCGGAUCCUCCGGCUGCGCAGCCAGCCGCGUCCCGGCGGGAUUCCCGCCAAUGUGGAGCCACCGCACGCGCUCAUGCUGACCAACUACUGCGUGUUCGCCUACUGGAACGAGGUGCAGCGCCAGCUGGUUCCGCAGCGCUCCAGGACGCCGCCGCCGGAGCCCGAGUUGCUGCCGCAACCACGUCGGGCGGUGGUGCCGCCGCACUUCAACCACCGCCAGCGGGAGGCGGAGGUCAGGCAGCACAUGUACCAGGUGGAACUGGAUCAGGAGCGGGAGCUGCGCCGAUAUCAGCAGAACUACUCCACCCCGCAAGGAUCCGGAACGGAGGAGGGAUCCCCCGGCUCGUCCUUCUCGCCGAGCAGCAGCAACAACAGCCAGAGCAGCUUCUCGUUCCCGCAAAUCAACGACCCCUACAACCUGGACAGCGAGCAGCAGCGAGUGGUGCAACACCUGCGAGAAAUGCUGUGGCAGGGCCACUUGGAGCAGCAGCGACAGAGGAUGCAGCAAGUGCUGCAAGCGCAGCAGCAGCAGCAACAGGAUCAUCAUCAGCAACAGGAUCACCCGCAUGAGCCAGUAUUCCAGCCAAUGUUUCAGCCGGAGAACUCCUGGGACAACUGGGGGGAUCAAUGGCAGCAGCAGCAGCAGCAGCAGCAGCAGCAGCAGCAACAUCAGCAGCCGCAGCAGCAGCACCAGCAGAUGAUGAACCAGCCAAGCCAGGAGCUCUAUCGGGACGGCGGCUCCAGUUCUCCGGUAAGCAUUGUCCGCCAGCCCUCCGCACACUGUUAUCCGAUCUAUUUUCUGGACAUGGAAAUAGCAGGGGAACUGGCCGGACGGGUACUAAUCGCCGUGCGAUCGGAUGCCGCUCCCCGGAUGGCCGAGAACUUUAGGGCGCUGGUGCGGCACGAUCGUGGCUACGGCUACCGGGGAUGCGCCGUCUUCCAGGCCUGGGGAGGCGAGAGCAUCAUCAGCGGCGACUUCGAGUCGCAGAACGGCCGGGGCGGGCACUCGUCCUUCGAGAACCGGUACUUCCUGCCGGACGAGACGGGACUGCAGGCGCAUCGGGGAACGGUUGGCAUGCGAAGGGGUCAGCGGCGACAGGACAAGAGCGGCUUCGUGGGCAGCCAGUUCCGGCUGGUGCUCAACGAGAUGCGCUCCUUCACGGCCAUCUUCGGGUUCAUCGUGCAGGGCAUCGAGCUGGUCGACCGCAUCGCAGCCAGUGGCAAUGCGCUGGGGCGACCGGCGCUGAGGAGCGUCAUCUGGAACUGUGGCGAGUACCACUCGAAGCGAUAAAACCCGACCAACCAAUUAACCAACCAACCAACCAACCGACCGACCGACUCCUCUUCGAAAUUCAACGAACCCUAGUGAACGAAUCUCCUACGUACUUUGAAUGUUCAACCGUCUCCGAUAUCUAUAUUCUUCUUGGUAUACAACGCUAAGCUACUAAUCUUGGUACGAAUUUUGUACAAUUAAAAGGCCCACUCGACCGUCAAAAAUGGCUCUCAAUUUUUUUUAAGCUCAACGCAAAUAGUGAGAGCCAGCAAACCAGUUUUUUAAACAGUCUUAUCGAGUUUUUAUAAACAGUUUACAAAUCAAAAGUUUUGGAGGCUAUUUAAAAUACAACAAAAUCUACUGACUUUA